GUGACAGAGUGAGACUUCAUCUCAAAAAAAAAAAAAGGGGGAGAUGAAUAAUGCUUUUGCUUAAGUACCAUGAUUCUCUUCUCCCUGAUCCCACCUACUUUUUCUUUUUUCUUCUUUUCUUUUUUGAAGCUUCUCGAGUUGAGACAGAUUUGUGCCUUUGAACUCCAUGGCAUAUUCAUCCUCUAACAGCGACAUAGAGGACUACAGCUCCAAAUCCAAUUCCAACCUAAGCCUCUCUGUGGGCUAUUUCCCCUGUGAGGACACCCCCUGUGAGGACACAACCUCCUGUGAAGAUGCAACUUCCAAGGAUCCUUCCAUCCACUUUCUCCCUCCCAUCGAAGGGGCAUGGGGGACUAAAAGGAUAAGGAGAUGCAUGAAGAGACAAGACCAAAUUCAGGAUGAACCAGAGCAGUUUUGCAAACUAAGCAUCUUCCUGGCCUGGGACGUGGACGUCAGCUCCAACAACACAGACUCAAUAGCUAAUAGGCUUCUAAAUGGAAACAACCUGUGGAUAGAUGAGUUACCAAAAGAGAAAACAAAACCUGACAAACUGAAUAAUCUUGUGCAAGAGUUUCAGACAUUUCUAUAAAAUCUGAAAAAUAAUGAAGAUGAUGACACCGUGUUUCCUGAAACGACUCAGAAAGAUUUCCAGCUGUCCAGCGGCUCCCCUCCGGAAAUGGUUCAGAUGAUAAGCCAGGCAACUGCAGGCCAAAGGACAAGUGCUCCAGAGAUCUCAAUCCUGUCAGAGCAGCCGGAGAAGGAUGACACUCCUUCCCACACACGGGCCCAGUGCUGCCUGAACUUUGGGUGGGCCUUCAGCUGGCUGAGGCAAUGUAUCCUCUCCCCUCUGCUGAGGAGGGAUCACCCUGUGAAGGCCACCAAGAGUCCCCAUCGGCCAGCACCAAGGAAAAGACUCUUUCACAGACGCAAGAGAAUUCAUCCUCAAGAAACCCUUGAAUUAGGACAUUCCAUAUAGACAGAUUUUAAAACUUUUUGGAAAGUUGAAAAUAAUCCAUAAUGAGGAUUCCAUUAAUAAUCUCCAUCAGUUUAUUUUUUCCUCAAUAAACAAAAUAAAUGCUCUUGUUACCCAUGUCUUCCUCUUCCAGCAUACCAUCUUGACUCACAUUUCAAGCAUAUGUGUUGUCUAAAAUUUCCUGAAAAUUCUUUCUCUGGAAAUUUUAAGUAGUAUUAUGCUUCCUAAACUCAAGUAUUAUUUUUCUCUCCUCUCACCCAUUCUUACUGUAUUUUACCCUAGUUUAUCUAUUUUAUGUAUUUUAACCUAUUUUAUCAUUAACCCAAAUCCCCAUUUUCAGUAGACAGCAGCGUGACCCGUCAGAUUUUCAUGGUGGCAGGAUGAUUUGGAUUGAACUUGCAGGACUUGAGCGAGCGGGAGUGGAUAUUGAGUCACCGAGGAAAUUAAUUUCAAUUUCAGGAAAUCGGAUAGCAGUUCUGAUACUCCCCAGGGACCUGGGAUGCAAUGUGAGGAUUGUGAUCGCCACUUAACCACUCUAAGUCUAGCUGUCCUCAUUCAAAAGAUGUGGAAGAUAAUAAUACAUACCUCACAGGGUUAGUGUGAGAGUUUAUGAGGUAAUACAAGCACUUGAUAAAUAUUAUUACUGUUGUUGCAAGUAGACAUUCUCCUGAGGAACUCUCCGGAGAACUUGUUCAAGGGAUAUCUAAGAAUGAGAGUUAAUUAAGAGUCAAUUCUCAUUGAAACAUUUCCCACACAGAGCAGUACUUACCAAAAGUUCAGAGUUUUCAGCAAAUCUUAACCAAGUCCUCUCCCAACCCAUUCCACUCUGCCCUCUGAAACUCCUUUGCAAUUGUCAUUGAACGUUCCACUAAAUGUCAACUUCUUUGAGGAAGGUUGCCCUCAGCCUUCUUGUCCUGACUCUCACCUCCCCAGCAUUUCUACCAUCCUCUUCAUUCAACCACAGGUUCACUCAACAUCCUCCUUCUUCUGUUGGCACUACCAUCCUGUGUGACCUUCAGAGUUUAUGUGGCAAAGCAUAUGACUCUUCAGUUUCAAAUUCCUUCCUUUCCUCAAUUUCAAUUCCCUUAUCCCUCUCCUUCCUCUCUUCUUCCUUCCUUCUACAUAUAUUUAGCAAAUAGGAGUGCCAGAUACCUUUCUAGCUUGUCAAAACAAAAUCCCUCAAUCUUUAGGCUCAAGUGACUUAUUUAAGAGAUAAAGUCAGGCAAACAUAUGACUAUAAAGAGUAUGAGUGAUAAUACUGUGUAGUGGGUAAACAUUGAGUUCUAAUGAAGUAAUAAUCCACUCAGCAUGGGGAGGUUGGUUGUAAAAGGUUUCCUGUUCCCCAACUUCUAUCUGCUUCCCUCUAGAUCCAACCCAUACACCUCCUUCCCAAACUUGGCAUGUCUACCACAUCUAGUAACAUCUGCCUUGCCUUGCCUUUCUCUUCUCCCAGAUACUUUAAAAAUCUAUACUCAUUAAGUUCCCGAAGGGGACCCUCUUGCUCCUCACUGCAGCCAACACACAGAACCAUAGGGAUUUCCCUCUCCAUUUCCUGACUGCCUGGGAAACUCAUCCUUAAAGAUCCUGCUCUAGGGUUACUAUUGGGCAUUACUGAUCCCUCAGGCAAAGGGAUCAUGACCCUCCUUUUGCUGUCCCCUAGUCCCUGCCCUGCCACCUUCUUGCCAUGACCUGUACUUUUCAGCCCUCUUUAUAGAUCUAUUUUAUCUGUAGACUGUGAGAUCUAAAGGCAAGCACCAGGUCUUAGUUCCUUUAUAUUGCAAAUCCUAACACACUGGGCUGGGCGCGGUGGCUCACACCUGUAAUCCCAGCACUUUGGGAGGCCGAGGAGGGUAGAUCACUUG